AUGAAACAUUUACUCGCAAUUUUCUUUAUCGCCAUAACUCUUGCCGUUUUGAUGUUGGCAAGUGGCAGCGAUUCCUUCCAGGUCCAAGCCGAAGGACUUUCUCUUUCAACUUAUUUAGAAAAGGGUAAGAAGAAAGUCGAUCAUUACAACAAACAAAGAAAGGGAAGAAAACAUUAUACUUCUCGCAAACACUCAAAGAAGCAUCGAAUUGGUGUGAAACAUUUUGUGGAUAUUGAUGGAAAACAUUUACGUUCCUACACAACUUCUCGAAAACAUUAUCGUCAUGGUAAAAGAAAAUGUCAUCGAAAAAAGAAAAGACAUGUCAGACGAAGUAAAUCUAAUAAGAAGCAUCAUCAUUCCAAGAGAAGAACUUGUCAUGGAAAAAAGAAAAGACAUUCCCAAAAGAAGAAAAGACAUCAUGGACACAAAAGAAAGUGUCAUGGAAAAAAGAAAAGACAUGGUCACAGGAAGACUAGACGUCAUUGUAAAAAGAGACGUCACCACAAGAAGAGACAUCAAAAAGUAGACUCAUACAAGAAGUAA